AUGAACCCUAACGAGCCCCCUAUCAUUGAUUUCGCUCCCUUCUAUGCCAACGAUUCAACCAAAGAAAACCUCAUCCACCAAAUCCAACAAGCAUGUGAACAAUUCGGCUUCUUCCAACUAAUCAACCACACCAUCCCAACCGAACUACAAACCGCAGUCCUACAACACUCAAAAGAAUUCUUCAAUCUCCCCUUAGAAACAAAGGAGAAAUACAACCAAGCCAUCGGCGGCUUCAACCGCGGCUACGAGCGCCUACGCUCUCAAAACUUCGAGAAACGCACAGAAGGCGACCUCAAAGAAGGCUUCUAUCUCGGCAAAGACCUCCCACACGACGAUGCAUACGUCGUCCAACGACGCUUCGGCCAGGGACCGAACAAGUAUCCCUCCGAAAUCACCGACGCAAAAGACUUCCGUCGCGUCAUGGACGAGUACCACGAUGCCAUGAUCGAGCUUUCAGAAGCCAUUAUGCAAGUUCUCGCGCGCACGCUUGGUCUAGAUGAGCAUGCUUUUGGCGAUUUCUGUGAUCAUCCCGUCUCUAUCCUUAGACUACUUCAUUAUCCGCCUCAGGAGGGUGAUGCGUCGGGUCUUGAGAGAGGAAUCGGCGCUCAUACCGAUUUCGGCGCUAUCACGAUACUCCUACAGGAUGAUACGGGCGGGUUACAGGUAUGGAAUAACCUCUCGUCCGAAUGGGUCGAUAUCACGCCUAUUCCUGGGGCGUAUGUUGUCAAUCUGGGGAAUAUGAUGAUGCGCUGGACGAAUAAUCGGUACUUAUCGAAUCUGCACCGCGUUAUUAAUACCAGUGGCAAGGAGCGCUUUAGCAUUCCGUUCUUCUUCUCGGGGAAUCCGAACUAUACUAUCCGCUGUCUUCCUGGUUGUGAGGAUCCAGAAGAGGGCGCUAGAUACCCCCCGAUUACCGUCCAUGAGUGGAUGGCGGGGAGGUAUGCGGAUACUUAUGGGACUUCAGAGGGGAAGGCUAUUGGGGAGAUGCGGAAGGAGCCUGAAAAUGUGUGA